UCACUCACCUUAUUUCUCUCUUUCAUUCAUAUUCAUAUGAUAUAUUUUCACCUAUAAACAACUUUUUCCACUCAUACACUAAACAUGGAAAUUACUACUUUGUUUUUGUAUUUUGCUUCUUUUCUCUUCAUUGUUCUGUUCAAAUCACUCAUCAAAUCUUUCUUAUUUCCUUCCAAAAAUGGAAAACAAUUGCCACUCCCUCCUGGCUCUAUGGGUUACCCUUACAUAGGAGAGACUUUUCAAAUGUAUUCUCAAGAUCCUAGUCUUUUCUUUGCCAACAAAAUCAAAAGGUAUGGUUCUAUGUUCAAGUCUCACAUUUUGGGUUGUCCUUGUGUGAUGAUUUCAAGUCCAGAAGCAGCAAAAUUUGUGUUAAACAAAGCUCAAUUAUUCAAACCAACAUUUCCAGCUAGCAAAGAAAGGAUGUUAGGAAAACAAGCAAUUUUCUUUCAUCAAGGAAAUUACCAUGCUAACCUUAGAAGACUUGUUCUUCGUACCUUCAUGCCUGAAGCCAUCAAAAGCAUUGUUCCUAAUAUUGAAUCCAUUGCUCAAAGUUGUCUCAAAUCAUGGGAGGGAAAUUUAAUCACCACUUAUCUUGAAAUGAAAACAUUCACCUUCAACGUAGCACUUCUAUCAAUUUUUGGAAAAGAUGAAAUUCUAUACAGAGAAGAUCUUAAAAGAUGCUACUACACACUUGAAAAAGGGUACAAUUCAAUGCCAAUAAACCUUCCAGGAACACUUUUCAACAAAGCUAUGAAAGCAAGAAAAGAGCUUGCACAAAUCUUAGAACAAAUAAUCUCAACAAGGAGGUGCAAAAAGCAAGAAUACAAUGAUUUAUUAGCUUCAUUCAUGGAUGAAAAAGCAGGACUAAGUGAUGAACAAAUAUCAGAUAAUAUCAUUGGUGUUAUUUUUGCUGCUAGAGAUACAACUGCUAGUGUGCUGACGUGGAUUGUUAAGUACCUUGGUGAAAAUCCUAGUGUCCUUGAAUCAGUCACAGAAGAACAAAUGUCUAUAAUUGAGGGAAAACAAGGAAAUGGUGAAGAAAUUGGUCUAAAAUGGGAAGACACAAAAAAUAUGCCAAUAACUUCAAGGGUCAUACAAGAGACUCUUAGAGUAGCAUCAAUUUUGUCUUUUACUUUCAGAGAAGCAACUGAAGAUGUUGAAUAUCAAGGGUAUCUUAUACCAAAAGGAUGGAAAGUAUUGCCACUUUUCAGAAAUAUACAUCAUAGUCCAGAAAAUUUCAAAGAGCCAGAAAAAUUUGAUCCUUCAAGAUUUGAGGUUGCUCCUAAACCUAAUACUUUCAUGCCAUUUGGAAAUGGGACCCAUGCUUGUCCUGGCAAUGAAUUAGCAAAGUUAGAGAUUUUGGUUCUUGUACAUCAUCUAACCACAAAGUACAGAUGGUCAGUGGUCGGUGAAAAAAAUGGAAUUCAAUAUGGUCCUUUUGCUCUUCCACAAAAUGGUUUACCAAUCAACUUAUAUUCCAAGAAAUAGG